UUGUGUUCUAGUUGUGAUGGACGUCGUGAAUGUAAUUUCGUGGUCAGUAACGAUUUCUUCGUCCAUGAUCCAUGCCCAGGAGUAAAGAAAUACCUUGAAGUCACUAUGAGUGUGAAACCUGCACCGUCGACAUGUGCAGUCACUUCAAGAAGGGGAAUUGAAUGGCCAGCGACCAUCGCUGGAACGACGGUGAACAGGCCGUGUCCGGAAGGGACUAGAGGUACUUCUUCUUGGCGGUGCUCUGCCGAAGGACUGUGGUCAGAACCUGGUCCAAAUACUAUGGAAUGUCGCAGCGACUGGACUAUCCAAAGGCACGAUGCUCUUGAAGAGACCAUCAAAGAUCAGGAUGCAAGUGGGAUUCCCGAGCUUCUUCGAGCAAUGACUUCUGACACUCGAAGACCCAUGGUAGCCGGAGAUCUGCCAAAACUGUUAAAUAUUCUUGACAUCGUUCAAGAUGUGGUCAGCCGAGAGGUGUGGGCGAAAAGCAGUCAGAAGCUGGUGAAUCAGCUCAUUGUGAACGUCAUCCAUAAUACCCUUCGAGCGAAGGAAAUGUGGCAGAACUGGCCGCUAAUGAAGCGUCAAACGUUCGCCACCAGAAUUCUAACAUGCGUCGAACGAGCGAUGACCUCUGCCUCAACCACGGUCCAUUCGUCUGAGAACUAUGUGCAGCCGUUGGUGAUGGCAGAGAUGAGCGAAAGCAUCAGGACCUCAUCACAGCCGUCGAAUUACUUUCUUUUCCCGUCGAUGGCCCUCUGGGCCGGCGAAAACAACGUGGACAGUGUGGAUGUACCGAAGGAAGCACUUGAGCUGACAGGAUUGGAUCGCGCCCGAGUAUAUUACGCGUCCUUCGCCAAUAUUGGUGAAGAAAUGGAGCCACCGGUGGAAACUUUACCUACUUCUGAAGAGCAACCGAGUGGUGUAGAGCGACGCCGUCGAGUCGUUUCCCGUGUGGUGGCCGCUUCGAUCGUUCUCGAUGGGAAAACGAUCAAACUGCCAGUGCUUCCUAAACCGCUUAUCAUCACAUUCCAUCACUACCCUGAAGCUUUACGACGAAUGACCUCGCCUGAAUGCUCGUGGUGGGAUACUAAUGAUAUGAAGUGGUCUACAAGCGGAUGCGCUCUUCAGUCACAUAACUCUACUCAUACCGUAUGCGCUUGCAAUCAUAUGACCCACUUCGCUGUUCUUAUGGAUUACGUCGGUCAUGAGAUUUCGUCCACGGAUAAUCAACUUCUCACAUUUCUCACAUAUGCCGGUUGCACGUUGUCAAUAGUCUGUCUCACCUUGACAUUCCUCUGUUUCGUUAUUUUUGUCAAAGGAGGAGGCGAUAGGGUUUUUAUUCAUAAAAAUCUUUGCCUUUCUCUUGGUAUAGCCGAAGUGGUGUUUCUGGCAGGAAUUUGGAGAACUGAAGAAAAGUUCGAAUGCGGUAUGAUUGCUGGCUGUCUCCUUUAUUUCUUCCUGUCAGCCUUGACAUGGAUGUUACUUGAAGGUUAUCAACUUUAUCAAAUGCUCGUUGAG